AAUAGGAAUACGUUUUAAACUAUGAAAACUUUAGUUAUUCUAAUAUUCGUUUUGCUUUAGAUAAGUUAAUGUGAAAAGCUUAGAGUUUCUGCUUAUAGUAUGAAAAUCAUGAUGAAUUUUAGUUGAAUCCCUAUGUCCUGACACAACAAGAUUUAUUUAGUCUUCUUUAUUAAAGGCAUUAUAAAUUCCUUAAUUUGAAGAAUUAGUAGAAAUAACCCUAAUUCCAUAUGGGAAAGCUACCUAAGUUUUAUAAAAUGAUGGUAGAAUAGUAUUUCAAUGUUAACAUGGUGAUUUAGAGUGUUUUGGAAAUAAAAUUUAAGCAUGUGGUUUUGAUGCAUUAAAUUCUUCAUAAUAAGAAUAGCUAAGCUUUUUAACAUGUAUUCAAAAAACUAGAAAAAGACGAUAAGAAGAUUUUGAAAAUGAAAUUAUGUAAUGUUUACCGGAUUUAUGGGAAGGUGUUUUAGAGUGUGCAAAAGGAACAGAAGGAAUUAAAUUAUUAUGGUCAAAUGGAGAAAAGACAUUAAACUUAGACCCUAAAUUAACCUAUGUUCCAUGGGUGACAGUAGAUGGUAAAUUUGAUUCAAAAGCUCAUGAAUAAAUAGAAAGAAAUAUUGUAAAAUGGGCUUGUUAGAUAGCUAAUAAAAAUUAAGAUAUUUAUUAAUAAAUAGAAGCCUGUGAAGAAUAUUAAUGAAUUAAUUAAUCG